GACGACAGGCGGCGCUCUUUCCCACCCUCAGGGCCGCCGGCGCCCUCCCACCCACUCCCGAGUCCGCCGCAGUGUCCCUCUGGGCGCCCCUCCGCCGACCCCUCCGUCUCUUGUGCGCAGACUCUCUCCUCUGACGUCACUUUUGUUUACUUGCGAUAAGAAUCUCAGAAAUGUUCGCAAAUUUGCGUCUUUCGGCUCUUCGCGCGCCAAACACCGCACGACUUAUGUCCUCGUCUUCUUCCGCUAACAAGCGCUCGCUCGCCGACAAAGUGGCCGUCGUUACGGCUUCGACGGACGGAAUCGGUUUCGCAGUCGCGCGACGACUGGCCAAAGACGGCGCACGCGUUGUGGUCAGCAGUCGGUCGGUAUUCACGCGAUAUUUGCGUCCUUUUCAACCCUUUGUCCGCAGAAAACGCGAAAACGUGGAGAAAGCCGUCCAAACACUCCAAUCCGAAGGACUGACCGUUUCGGGAGUCGUGUGUCACGUGUCCAAACACGAGGACCGCAAACGCCUCCUCGACCAGGCUCUCAAGGACUUCGGCGCCGUCGAUAUCCUCGUCUCGAACGCUGCCGUCAACCCCGCGUUUGGACUCUUUCUCGACGUAUUCUUUCUCUCAUCUCUUCCUUAUCUCUCUCUCACUUCCGUUUCCUUUCAGACCUCAGAGGACGCCUUCGACAAAAUCCUGUCCCUGAACGUGAAGAGCGCCUUUAUGUUGACCAAAGAGUUCGUUCCUCACAUUCGGCGAAACGGAUCCAUUGUCUACAUGUCUUCGAUCGGCGCUUAUCAGCCCUUCGCUCUCAUCGGCGCGUAUUCCGUCGCCAAA